AAUGAUCUUGUUAAUCCUGAAUCUCCUUCCAGUUCUGAAUCAAGUUGCUUGACCAUGUCAUCAGAUGAAUGCUUUGAUGCCUUGGCCUUGUUGCGGGAUAUAGAGGCUGAAAAUACACAGAAAACCCAGACAAAUUCUACAUUCUGUGUCUCUACAUCUCACAGACCCAAACAGAUGGUUCUCAAGUCAACAUCAUCUGGAUCAGCAGUACAGCAACAUAUUGCAGUUCAAGGCCCCCGGCUUGCCCUCAAGAACAAGAUGCAAAAACAUGUUGUAGUUCAAGGCCCCUAUACAAAAUCAGCAAAUGAAGUGGCAUCAUCAGGUGGUCUUCCAGCAGAUUCAGAUGGAAAAAGAAAGGUUGUUGGUUGGAUGACAAAGCUUAGGAAGAAAUAUUGCUGCUUCAUGCCAUUUUAGCUUUCCGUAUGUGUGUAUAUAUAUUAUAUGUUUUA